GUGGCGUUGGCUCUGCAGCAGGUGUCGGUGCUGCCCCCUGUCUCAGCGGGGGCAUACUACAACCACAAGGCCCACCCCCAACAGCACCUGCCACAGCACCACCCACAGCAGCAGCAUCCCCAGAUGGGGGCGCAUUUGGGACACAUGGGGGGCAAGGAGAAGGCCUACAUGCAACACUACGGACACUACAGGAAAGAUCUGCCACACAUGCCACACAAGGAGAAGGGUAUGACCCUUCCCCAGGGAGAGGUGGGUAUUCCCCAGGGUGAGCCUGGCCCUGUUGGACCCCCGGGUCCCGCUGGUCCCCCCGGCCCUGCCGGACCUCCCGGCCCUGCAGGAAAUGGAGUCCCAGGAGCAUCUGGAAAGCCUGGUCCCCCAGGACCGCAAGGAAAUGCCGGCAUCGGAAAGCCAGGAUUUCCAGGAAUGGCGGGAAAGCCGGGUGCUCCCGGUCUCCCCGGACAACCAGGAGACCAGGGCCCCAGUGGCGGAGAGGGACCAGAGGGGCCGGUUGGACCUCCCGGAGCCACGGGGCCUCCCGGACUGCCGGGAAUCGGGAAGCCUGGAGGACAGGGCCUGCCCGGGGCACCUGGAAUGAAAGGUGAGCCGGGACACAAGGGACUUCCAGGGCUUCCUGGACUGCCCGGACCUAAAGGGGACAAGGGGAUCGGCAUGCCUGGGUUGCCCGGACACAAGGGGCUCGUGGGACCCCCUGGACGGCCCGGACAGGGCGGACUUCCCGGUAUCGGAAAACCGGGAAUGCCAGGAAUCCCAGGUCCACCCGGAGCACCAGGAAAACCAGGAGCAGUUGGAGAACCUGGACCAUUCGGCCCUGUAGGACCAGAAGGACCUCAGGGACUACCUGGACCAGACGGGAUCGGAAAACCCGGAUUGGAUGGCCUUCCGGGACAGCCUGGUCCUCAGGGCGGCAAGGGACUACAAGGCCCCCCAGGCUUGCCUGGAAAACCUGGACUGCCAGGGAUCGGAAAACCGGGAUACCCAGGACCAAAGGGAGAUAAGGGCAUGGGAGGCCAGCCGGGCGCCGUUGGGCCAAAGGGAGAGAGAGGUCCAGUAGGCCCACCAGGAUCUCUGGGCCAGCCUGGACCUAUGGGACCCCCAGGACCACCAGGUCGACUGGGGCCUCCUGGAGGCAUCGGCGUGCCGGGUCAGAGAGGUGAAGGAGGACCCGUGGGGCAGAAAGGCGAACCCGGAGGUAUGGGAGAACCAGGACCGUCAGGACUACCUGGAGAUGCUGGACCCGCAGGAGAUGGAGGCGAGCCCGGUCCAAGAGGCCCACCAGGUCCAACCGGACCACAGGGUGAAGGGGGACAGAAGGGAGCGCAGGGUCCAUCUGGCCAACCAGGUCUUCCAGGCCUGAAGGGAGACGGAGGCAUGCCUGGCCCAGAGGGACCCCAGGGGCCUAAAGGCAUACCUGGCAUUGCUGGCCCUGGCGGACCGAUCGGACCUCCCGGACCCCCAGGGCCCAGGGGAGAGGGCGGCCAGAGGGGUCAGCCGGGGCCCGCAGGUGAGGGCAAACCUGGCGUCCCCGGCGGCACCGGACCUCCAGGCAACUCGGGCCCAAUCGGACCCCCGGGUCGACCUGGUCCAGUCGGCCCGCCAGGCCCUCCAGGCCCCCCCGGAGAGCCAGCACCUGCCCCAGACCUGGAGGCCGUGCUGCCGGAGAUGGGCCCUGCCCUGGAUGGCAUGAACACCUACGGCAAGGGAAAGGGCAAGGGCAAAGGCAAGUACGGCCCGGAGGUGAUCGCCAGCGGCCUGGAGAUGCCGGCCUUCACCGCCCAGAUCACCACGCCCUUCCCACCCGUUGGCUCACCCGUGGCAUUCGACAAGAUCCUCUACAAUGGGCGUCAGAACUACAAUCCGGCCACCGGCGUGUUCACCUGCGAUCUGCCCGGGAUCUACUACUUCAGCUACCACGUGCACUGCAAGGGCACCAACGUGUGGGUGGGUCUGUACCGCAACGGGGAGCCGGUGAUGUACACGUACGAUGAGUACAAGAAGGGCUUCCUGGACCAGGCUUCGGGUAGUGCGGUGCUGCCCCUGCAACCAGGCGACACCGUCCACAUCCAGCUGCCCUCUGACCAGGCCGCCGGCCUCUAUGCCGGACAAUACGUCCACUCCUCCUUCUCAGGGUUCCUGCUCUACCCCAUGUAG